AUGAUAAAAGAAAACUUUCUUGUAUUGGUAUGCAAGCCGACUAGAAAUCAUCCACAACUUGAUCUCGAUCAAUUCAGCGAAUCCACAAAUGUCAAGCAAUACGCAGACCGUGAUUUACUGGGUAUGGGUACAUUUGGACCGAUCCCCGCUGUACCGACGACUACUUUGGAGGAGGAGCGGAACACUCAGUCCUUUGAUCGAAUCGAUGAGGCGAGACAACUGAGAUCGUCCGUGUUGUUCAAACCAGGAAUUUUCAGCCCUAGCUACUCACCGCAACAGGUACACCUGGGCCAACAAACAUUGUCGAUCGGUAGUUCGUCAAGAGAAGCAGUCACUCUUCCACCUCCAAAUCUACUUCCGGUGAUCACGACCCCAGAAUCCUCAGCAUUGAACAACCCCGCCAUUGGGUUAUUUGAUGCCGUUAGUAUUCCAUCCGUGGACGCGUGCCUUUUCCCUAUUGUGAGUUUGACAGAGAAACCCGCAUCUAAUGCCGUCGUUUUGUCAAAUGUGCCACCAACCAUUUUAUCAGCCACACCAAGUCGAAUUGCUGCCGCACCCAGUUCGUUGCCAAUGGUUCCAGCACCUAUCCAGCAAGCCAUACAAUCAGCUGUCUCAGUUUCUCUAACAUUAACCCAAGGAAGAUUUUACUCUUUGACAAGAGACAUAGGAGGUUCUGUGACGUCUGAUUGGAACGAAAGACUGGAUAUUAAUGAUGUAGCAGUGCCUUCAGCCCACUCGGAAGGCGGAAGAUCAGCCGCUCUGGAAUCACAACUGAUGGCGCUGAUUGAAACACCAAAGAGCGCAUCUCCACUUCCUGUCGCCAUUCAGCAGAAUAGAAGGUCUCUGUAUGGGAAAGUUCCACCACCCGCACCCGCCGGUCAUGGUACCGAGAUUGGCAAUCUCUCUGGAAUCACUGCAGCCAUACCUUCAGCCAAGUCGGAAGGCGGAAAAUCAGCCGACUUGGAAUAUCAACUGAUGGCGCUGAUUGAAUCACCAGAGGAUGUAGCUCUUCCUCCUGCCGCCAUCCAGCCGGAUAGGUCUUUGUAUGGAGAGGUUCUGCCUCCUGUCGCUCACAGUACUGCAGUGAUGGGGUAUCGUCCAUUUACAACAAACAGAAGUGAAGGAGUGUCUUAUGUAUACGAAGAGUCCCAUUACAAUUUCCGUGUCAGAGGACAAAAAAUAGAAACGGCUGAUGCUGCUGUAGACAUUCUGUCUAUAGCAGACUUCAUUUUCCAAGUAAAUCAAGACACGGGAAUCAUCAACGUGAUUGGAUCCGGGAUGUUCGGUGCGGUUUGCACGGCAACACACCUUCCUUCUGGCAAUACCGUUGCAGUCAAAUCACCGUUUAAUCCAUUAGAAGAAACGGAAAGAAUAAUUGCAGAAGCCAGGAUGAUGGAACUUCUCAAAAGCACAAGAUUUGUGCCGAAGCUUUACGGCGUGCUCCCAAACCCUCUAGAUCCACGGAAACUUUUAAUAGUAAUGGAAAUGGUCGGGUCUGGCGUUACUCUCCGAAACAAGCUCUUUGGAAAUUCCCUAAAUGAAAGACAGAAAUUGUCUAUAGCACUUCGUCUGGCCAUUGGACUCUAUAGUGUCCAUCUCAAACAAGUCCUAUUAAAUGACUUGAAAGACGAUAACAUCAUCAUCUAUGGAUCAGAACUACAGGCUAAAUUCAUCGACUUCGGUCACGCCUCCUGCGGAUUUGAAAAGCGGUACACAGGCGAUACAUCCAGAAGUAUUCAUUUGGCGCCCGAGGUCAGAGAAGGCGAGGCCACCACCCCUUCAUCAGACAUUUACAGUCUUGGUUACGUUAUGGCACUGUUCCGUGUGGACUUGUUGGCAGAUCUUGUAAACCAAUGUAAAAGUCCAGACCCAGGCCAGCGACCAUCACUGCCAGUUAUUGUUAGAAUGCUUAGUGAUUUACUGUAG